AUGUGCCUUAUUAAUUUUUUUAGCUCAUUAAAAGCAGCAAUACUAUUUACAGGGGAAUUAACCGAAGCGCCAUACUUACGCUUUACAAAAACGCCUAAAGACGUUGAAGUGGUUGCUGGUGAAAAAUUUGGGCUGAAGUGCGAAGCGAUUGGCGUUCCUCCACCAAUCAUUGAAUGGUCUUUUUUUUUUUUGAAUUUACUUGGAGGAACUCAUCAAAAAAGGAAAAGAGGGAGGGAGCGCGCAGAAACGAGUGAUGACCCCUUAAGACCGCUGCAUGUUAUUGCGACUGUUCUGAGUAACUACUUGCUUGCACAAUGUGGUUUGAUAUACAACAGUGAUGUAGUUCAGCCGAUCAAGGAAAUGAACACGAUAGAAAAACUGUACAACAGUGGGAUUACGACAAUACAAAAUUCUGUGACUGCGUCGAAGUUACUUAUUCCAUGUGCUAGCCGAGAGCACAGUGGUGAUUAUAAAUGCCUAGCAAGCAACGGUCAUCAGAAGCUGGAAGCAGCAGUAACGGUUACCGUCGGUCAGUGGAAGGCCAUUUGCUUCUGA